AUGGGAGCACAACGAUUUCGUCGAAUGUGGGGAUACACAGUGAUCGCUUCGAAAACGUUUGCCCUCAGGCCCAUACACCACUCGGCGGCUCAUUUCGAUUCCGAUGGUCCUGUCUGUGCUCAAGCGGCUGCACUGUUUGAAAGUACACAAUCGCGAACGCUUACGAUUGCAGGAGCCAGCAGAUACGCGGUCGAAGGGGAUCAUCCUUGUGAAUGUCAGAGAAAUUUUCAGCUGGCAGAUGCAGCGCACAACAACCGCACAAUGUUUCAUUGGGUAAACACGGUGCUGAAAGACCUUGCUGACGAGGAGGCACAGGUGGACGGCAAUGACAAGGGUCAUUUUUUCAUUCAGUGGCAUGGCAUGGCCGAGACCAGCUGUCUCGCUUCAGACGUUUUCUUGUCAGCAGGCAUAUACAACUGCUCCAUCUAUGAAGCCGAUAUACCUGUCACACGGCUCCUCAACAGCUUCAAUAAACUGGCAUCCGAGAAAGGGAUGAGAGCGUCGACUCCACGAGAAGAUCCGGACUGUCGAUUGACGGCCGGCACAAAUGUCUUUGGACGUUACGUCAAUGGCGUCCAACGGGAAAACGUCUGCAACACCCCUGCACAAGAAAAGGACGUACAAGGCAGAUUUGCACACGUUGAGCAGAAGGCAGCGAGUCGAGAUAACAUUUCACUGUGGAUCGCCGUGAUUGAGGAUGCUUUUCCUAUUUCUCAAGGAUCAGCGCAUCUGUCAACCAUUUUCCUCUUGACGGCUCUAUCGGUCGCUAUGUUCAUUUCAUAG